AUCCCAGCCCAAGAGGAGGUGGAGGAGACCAAUGCAGAGGGUCCAGAUGGUGCUUUGACCCCUUCUACUCCUGAACUUACUCUUGGUGGUGCUACGAUACCUAAACCACCUGCUGAGGUCUUGGCUGCAAAUUCUCCUUCUUCUUUAGUCAUUCCAGCAGCUCUUACCUCAAAAACUGCCUUUGUCCCUACAACUGCCAAGCUCCCUUCUUCAAAACCUUUGAAACUUCUACUACUGAGCUACCAG